AUGGCCCACAAGGUUGGGGCUAGAGUGCUGCUGGAUUGCUGCCAGUCGGUGCCAAACAGGCCAGUCGAUGUCCAGGACCUUGGAGCUGACUGGAUCGUGGCAUCUGGGCAUAAGAUGUGUGGACCUACAGGCUGUGGUUUCUUGUGGGGCCGUUACGACGUGUUGGAAGAGAUGACACCUUUCAUGGGCGGAGGGGAAAUGAUUGAGGACGUGUUCAUUAGCCACUCGACAUAUGCCCCGCCUCCUGCUCGAUUCGAGGCUGGCACGCCGGCUAUUGCCGAGGCCAUCGGCCUUGGGGCAGCGUGCGACUACUUGUCUGGCCUGGGCAUGCACAGGGUGCACGCUUACGAACAGGAUUUGGGGGCCUAUCUGUAUGAUCGGUUAAAAUCCGUGGACAAGGUUCGGAUCUACGGCCCACCGCCAUCGGUGCCGAGGUCCCGCGCCAGCCUGUGUGCCUUCAACGUGGAGGGGCUUCAUGCUUCAGACGUGGCGGCUCUGCUGGAUCAGCAAGGCGUGGCAGUGCGUUCCGGCCACCACUGCACUCAGCCCCUUCACCAGUACUUGGACGUCCCGGCCUCGGCAAGAGCCAGCCUGUACAUAUACAACACGCGCCACGAGGUGGACAUGUUCAUUGACGCCCUGGGGGACAGCAUCAAGUUUUUUACUGAUCUAAACUUCUGA